AUGGCGCAAGUUGUCACCUGGGAUAUUGAGAAACGGGCAACAGGGGAAUCACUGCAGCGCAGGUCGAAAUCUGCCUUCGAGGAGAUAAUCCUCAAUGAGAAAGGAAGGGGGGGCUACUUUGCUACAGUCCAAAUUGGUAGCCCUGGUCAAAACAUGACUAUGCAAUUGGAUACUGGCAGUAGCGAUGUUUGGAUACCACACUGUGAUGCAACAGUUUGCAAGUCUGGUUUAUGCAUGCUUGGUUCAUUCAACUCAAGCAGCUCUAAAACAUUUUAUGAGAUUGGGGAGGACGAGUUUUACGUGUCCUAUAUUGACGACAAGUAUGCCACGGGCGAUUACUUCAAAGACAGGUUCCAAAUAGGCGGCAAGGAUGUUCAAAACCUUACAAUGGGACUCGGUUUAAAGACUGAUAUUACUUAUGGCCUGGUUGGGGUUGGAUAUGCCACCAAUGAAGCGUCGACGGCGAACAAAGAUUCUCCCUAUGCUAAUCUCCCCGUUGCCAUGGAGCAGGAUGGAUUGAUCAACUCCAUAGCCUAUAGUCUUUGGCUCAAUGAUCUGGAUGCGAACACCGGCAACAUCCUAUUUGGUGGUGUUGACACGGGAAAGUUCGACGGCCCGCUAACUAAAAUCGACGUACUACUCGACGAGGACGCUGACAAGUAUACCGAAUUCAUCGUCCUCAUGUCGUCCCUCAAAGCCACGAGCCCCAGCGGGACCGAUGUUCUCGCUUCAUCUGAAAGUGCCAUCGAAGUGCUCCUGGAUUCAGGCUCUACCUUGAGCUACCUUCCCACAGAGCUGGCACAGGCUGUAUGGAAGGAGGUUGGGGCGAAGUAUCAACCGUCUUUAGGAAUGGCUAUCCUCCCAUGCUCCCACAAUGCCCACCCGGGCCACUUCUCGUUUGGUUUCGCGGGUGACGGCGGCCCCACGAUCAAUGUCACAAUGGAUGAGCUGGUCAUUGAUUUGACGAAUGGGGAUCCGCCUUUACUCACUUCCGGCCCCUACACAGGCGAAUAUCUGUGCGCCUUUGGGAUCCAGAACUACACAACAGGACCGUAUGUGCUUGGCGAUACUUUUCUACGGUCUGCUUACGUGGUAUACGACCUGGAAAAUAAUCAGAUAGGUCUUGCGCCCACAAGAUUCAACUCAACCGAAACCAACAUUGUACCGUUCCCAAGUAAAGGCGCCUCCAUUCCAGGUGCCACCGCUGCCCCGGCUAGUACAACUACCAGCCCGAUAGACUCGGUGGUGGACUUCCCGAUGGCCGAAACAACGAAUUUGAAAGCGGCGGACGGGUUCCAAGACGGAGACAAUCCAAACGAGAGCUCCGGUUUUGGGAAAGCCAAUAUGCUUCCCAUCUUGCUCCCGCUGAGCAGCUCACUGGCCAGUGCUGUUCUUUUUAGCGUCGGGUUGCUGUAG